CUCUGGGCCAAUGAGAAACAGCGGGCGUGACCUUCCUGCGUGACUCUUUUCACCAUGUUUGACUUCACCCAAACCUGCUCUUUGGAAAUCUAGUUUUUCCUCCGAGAAGCCACAAACAGGAUUUGGUAUAUGUGAAGGGAGUUGCCGUGUAUGGUCAUAGUCGGGGUCGCAUUUUACUCCGUGGAUCGUUCUCCCAGGAUGCAGACAGGACUCCGGAGGCAAGGUGCAGGCCUGCUGUUUAUCUCAAAUCCACUGAUAAAGUUGUGACGGUUGGAGCUCAGUUAUCAGGCGCCACGCCUCCCAAGAGCCAUUAGGCAAAAACUAUCAUCUACUACCAGGAGAGGAGAUCAAGAAAACCAAAGAACUGCACAACAAAAGUGACCAAAGAGGCCAACAGUAACACCUCAUCAUGGCGCAAAUGACGCUCCAUCAAAGUGGGCAAGAUGGCAGGUCAGUUCUGGGCAUGGUAGCAGUGCAGGUGGAGAGGGACCCCAAGACGGGUACCACCGUUGUCCGGUCGGUGGCUCCCGUGUCUACAGAGAUUGGAGCCCCACUGGCAGAGACUGUCUUUGACGACGGCAGGAAAAGCAUCCAUGCAGUCGCAGGGCCAGGCUGUCCACCUUCGACGGAGGAGCUUGGACAGAUUUUAAGUGCCGUGGACGGGGUCGGAAUGAAAGUGAUGCUGGAUGAGGUCACAGUCACCCCAAAGAAAGCAGAAUCUCAAAGGAUUCCGGCCGAUGCCCAUAGAACUCCGGUCGGAGAAACACAGUGUGUAAUUUCCAAAGACCGUGAGAGUACCGGAACGGAGGAUGUCAACGCCACGGUGGUUCCAGACCCAACAGUAAAGGAGCUGAACAUGGAGGAUCGGGAUCUGGAGGAAAGCCCGAUCACCCUUGUGUUCCUGGGCUACACCAGCGAGAGCCAGCAAGAGCCGGACAUGCUCACUGCAGAGCGAGUGCUGAUCACUGAGGACGGGGACGAACAAAUCCUGGGACAACAGUCCGAGCAAGAGGCGGUAAAAGGGAGCAACAUGCGGCAGAACAUUCCUCCGAAGGAAAAAGAUCCAACGGCUCGAGUCCAGGAAGAUAACGGUGAAGAGUCAUCUCCAAUAAACACGAAAGAAGGAAAAGCCCCGUCCAAGCGCAAGACGUGUCAGUGUUGCUCGGUCAUGUAGGACAUCGUUAUACGUGGUCAGCCGUCAAGGGUGUACACCGUCAUUCGGCUAAAGCCGCCCGGGAUCGGCACCGGCUAGCUCGUGAUCCCAAACAGGAUAAAAACUGUACCAGGCUUGUGCAAAAGUCCAAAUUCCGAUUGAAUACCAUGAAUUUGAAUUGGAUUCGGAGUGAGGUUGCAAACAGGAAGUAAAAUUAGGUUGAAAAUUUGAAUUGAAGAAAGUACAAUUGAGAUUCCAGUUGAUUAGUUGUGUGUAUUCCAGAUAAUACUUUCAUAAUAUUCCCUACAUAACUGAUAUUUGAUACAAUUAGUAUUACUACGAACUAAGGUUGUACGGUAUACCGGUACUAGUAUAGUAUCGUGGUACUAAUGAAUCAACAACGGUACUCUACUCUCUUUGAAAAGUACCGGUUCCCCAUAUUUUUUUAAGAGCAGAAGAGCAUUUUCGGCAGCGCACACACACAGAGUACUUACAAGCAGAUACAGCGUGUAGACAGAAAAGGGAGAAUGGAUGCAUUUUGGCUUGAAAAAUAAAGAUAAAAGUGAAGUUAUAACACUAAACACCCUCAGGAAGAGGUGCUUUAAGACAUGGCUAGCUAGCUAGCAGCUAACAUCCAUUCGCAGUGUUUUAGCUACUUCUACAUAAAUAAUUCUCGCCGACAUGGCGACAAAAAAAGUAUGUUUCUUACAAUUACCAUUAUCACUGCAGGACAAGGAAUAACUAAACAUGCUUCACUACACACCGUAGGAGGAUACAAUAGCUCACUGGCUUCACGAUGUAAACAAAUGCCAUGGGUGGAUCUACACCUGAUAUCCAUUGUAAUGAUACCAAGUACAAUAGCGUAUCCAGUCAAUACUAUUAUAAUUACAUGAAUAAUUUUUACUGACACAAAAGUUUUUGUUAAAUUUUUUAAAUUUAUAAACUCAGGAAAUAUGUCCCUGGACACAUGAGGACUUUAAAUAUGACCAAUGUAUGAUACUAUAACUACUUGGUAUCAGAUCAAUACUUAAAUUUGUGGUAUCAUCCAAAACUAAUGUAAAGUAUCAAGCAACAGAAGAAUAAGUGAUGAUUACAUUUUAACAGAAGUGUAGAUAGAACAUGUUGAAACAGAAAGUAAGCAGAUAUUAACAGUAAAUGAAAAAGUAGAUAAUUAAUUUUUACAGAUUGUCCUUAAUAAUAGGUAGAUAAAUGACGCAAUAUGUUACUGCAUCUGUCAGCAGACUACAGUAAUUAGGAGCUUUUUUUUUUUUUUUUUUUUUACUUACGACUAAAAGACAAGUUGUAUUGUAUGUUCACUAUUUUAUUUAAGGACAAAAUCACAAUAACAAACAUGUUUAAUGUUCUGUAAAAAAUUUAAAAAAAAAAUAAAGCCAAUAGUGCCAUAUUUGGUGGUCCCAUUUACCAAAAUAUCAGGACAACCCUACUAUGAACCAUAUGUACACAUAUUUUAAUGGCAUGACAAUUAAGAAUCAGAACAUCUUCUAAACCAGGGGUCACCAACGCAGGGCCCGCGGGCACCAGGUAGCCCGUAAGGACCAGAUGAGUAGCCCGCUGGCCUGUUCGAAAAAUAGCUCAAAUAGCAGCCCUUACCAGUGAGCUGCCUCUAUUUUUUAAAUUGUAUUUAUUUACUAGCAAGCUGGUCUCGCUUUGCUAUACAUUUUUAAUUCCAAGAGAGACAAAACUCAAAUAGAAUUUGAAAAUCCAAGAAAAUAUUUUAAAGACUUGAUCUUCACUUGUUUAAAUAAAUUGAUUUAUUUUUUUUACUUUGCUUCUUAUAACUUUGAGAAAGACCAUUUUUUCGACAAAGAAUAUUUGUGAAAUAUUUCUUCUAACUUAUUAUGAUUAAAAUAAAAAAAAAAUAUUCUGGCAAAUCUAGAAAAUCUUUAGAAUCAAAUUUAAAUCUUAUUUCAAAGUCUUUAGAAUUUCUUUUAAAAUGUUUGUUCUGGAAAAUCUAGAAGAAAUAAUGAUUUGUCUUUGUUUGAAAUAUAGCCUGGUCCAAUUUGUUGUAUAUUCUAACAAAGCGCAGAUUGGAUUUUAUUAAAACCAUUUUAACCUAUUUAAAACAUGUCAUCAAAAUUCAAAAAUGUAUCCUAAUCAGGAAAAAUUACUAAUGAUGUUUCAUAAAUUAUUUUUUUUAAUUUUUUCAAAAAGAUUUGAAUUAGCUAGUUUUUAUCUUCUUUUUUUUCGGUUGAAUUUUGAAUUUUAAAAAGUUGAAAUUGAAGAUUAACUAUGUUUCCAAAUUUUAAUUUUAAUUUUUUUUCCUGUUUUCUCCUCUUUUAAACCGUUCAAUUAAGUGUGUUUUCAUCAUUUAUUCUCUACAAAUACCUUCCGUAAAAGGAAAAAAAAUGUACGACAUAAUGAAAGACAGAA